UAAAUACCAAAAAACGCGUAUAAUUAAAUUUCCGUCGUCGUUACAAAUCACAAACACCAGAAAUCUCGUUAGAUUUUCCUUAAAUCUCUCUGAUUCUCUCUCUCUCUCUUAGAUUGUGUCCGAAUCGAAAACCAAAAGAAGAAGAAGAAGAUGAUAGAGAAAUGGUUAGGAACGCAGCGCUUAAGGAGACUACAGAGAGUCUGGCGUCAAGGAAAGGUGACGCUCCUCUGCCUCGUCCUCACCGUCGUCGUCCUACGUGGCACAAUCGGAGCAGGCAAGUUCGGUACGCCGGAGCAAGACAUCGAGGAGAUCCGCGAGCAUUUCUUCUACUCCCGCAAACGCGCCGAGACUCACCGCGUCCUCGUCGAGGUCUCCUCCUCCAAAACGACGUCGUCUUCAUCCGGAGCUGGAAACAGCAACAACAACAACAACUACGAGACAUUCGAUUUCAAGAAGAUAUUCGCUGACGAAGGAGACGAACCGGAAGAAAACCGGAAUAAACCGUAUUCUCUCGGUCCGAAGAUCUCCGAUUGGGACGAGCAGAGGCGUGAUUGGCUGAAACAAAACCCUAGCUUCCCGAGCUUCGUGGCUCCGAGCAAGCCUAGGGUUCUUCUCGUCACAGGUUCAGCUCCCAAGCCCUGCGAGAAUCCCGUCGGAGACCAUUACCUCUUGAAAUCGAUCAAGAACAAGAUCGAUUACUGUCGGAUCCACGGGAUCGAGAUCUUCUACAACAUGGCCCUGCUCGACGCGGAGAUGGCUGGGUUCUGGGCUAAGCUUCCGUUGAUCCGGAAACUGUUGCUGUCUCAUCCCGAGGUCGAGUUUCUGUGGUGGAUGGACAGUGACGCGAUGUUUACGGACAUGGUGUUCGAGCUUCCGUGGGAGAGGUACGAGGAUUACAACCUCGUGAUGCACGGAUGGAAGGAGAUGGUUUAUGAUCAGAAGAAUUGGAUUGGUCUUAAUACUGGGAGUUUCUUGAUUAGGAACUCGCAGUGGGCCCUUGAUCUUCUCGACGCUUGGGCUCCAAUGGGCCCGAAAGGGAAGAUCCGAGAAGAAGCGGGUAAAGUCUUGACCCGGGAGCUCAAAGACCGACCCGCUUUCGAAGCUGAUGAUCAGUCGGCGAUGGUUUAUCUUUUGGCGACGGAGAGGGAGAGAUGGGGAGGGAAAGUGUAUCUAGAGAAUGGUUAUUACUUGCACGGUUACUGGGGGAUUUUGGUGGACCGGUACGAGGAGAUGAUUGAGAAUCAUAAACCGGGUUUUGGUGACCAUCGGUGGCCGCUGGUGACUCAUUUCGUGGGUUGCAAACCGUGUGGGAAGUUCGGUGAUUAUCCGGUUGAGAGGUGUCUAAGGCAGAUGGAUAGAGCGUUUAAUUUCGGAGACAAUCAGAUCCUUCAGAUGUAUGGGUUCACGCAUACGUCGCUAGGGAGUCGGAGCGUGAAGCCAACGCGCAGACAGACGGACAGGCCGGUUGAUGUCAAGGACGAGUUUGGGCUGCUUCAUCCACCGUCUAAAGCGGCGAAGCUCUCGACGACGACGUGAGGAAGAAUAUUAGUAUUUCAUCAUAAUGUUAGGACACAUUCCUUUCUUUAUUUGUUUGUAGUUUCCUUAAUUAUAAGUUAUACUAGUAUUACUUAUGAUCAUCCAUUUGAUGGUGGAGUCGUGUAUGGAGGAGUAUCUAAUGAUUUUCUUGUACAUAAUUUAAUUUAAUCAUUUACGUA